AUGUAUAUCGUCUAUGAAGCAAUCAAAAGCCUCAAUUUUACAAAAGAAGAAAGAAAUGCCCUAUGCACCUUCUUCAUUAAUUAUCCGGAUAAAAGAACUGAAGUGGAGCUCAUCCUUUCUACCUAUGAAGAUGAAGAGGUAGUUACUUGUUUGAAAAAUCUCUUAAAGUCUGUCGCCCAGAUUUCUUCCUUCGCUGAAAUUAACGUCAGGAUGGAUAAACAGCAGGAAUUUAUGUCUAAGAUAUAUCAAUGUAUAAUGGAAGAAAAAAAAAUGGUUGCAUAUUCGACUAUUAAUAAAGAGAACUUCAAUAGCUUUCUUAAGCACAUUAAUUUUAACUUAAGUGCUGUGGAAUUUACCGGACCAUUGCCAAAGAAUAAUAUAGAACCCUACAAAUGGAAUGAUUACACUGAAAAUGACCCAAACCAAUUGGAAUUUAUAUCUCAAUACUUAAACCAACAUUUUAAACCAAACCUUCCAAAAGAUUAUGUUGUCUUUAACAUUGCAAACCACAAAAGUUUUCUCGACAUUACUACUGAAAAUUCUCCUUUUUCAUUCAAGAUCAAAGGCGGAACUGACUAUGUGGUGGUGGAGCAGAAAUAUAUUGAUAACUUAAUUGCUAAAGCUGGAACUCAGGCUACUAUAGAGUUAAAGAAACAAGCUAUUGCAGAAAUGGUUGCAGCUGACUUUUUGACGAAUGAAGAGAUUAAGGUUAUUGGUGUAUUAACAGACCUAAAUGAACGCUGGCACCUUUUUUGGUUAAAAGAGGGGAAAAAAAUCAUGAUGGUCAAAUUAUCGCAUUGUAAAAAGGCAUUAGAUAUUAUUAGUAGAAUAGUUAAGAUGAUGCGUGUGCCAGGUUUACCUGGAGGGCAACGUAUAAAGAUUUAUGAUAAUUCUUAUACGCAAGUUGAUGAUAUUGCACCAUUAGAGGAUUUUUAUGAGGAGAUGAGUAAGGAAUAUAUACUAAGACAUAAAGCAAGAAAGGUUAUUGAUUUAAUUAGAAAUAAUCCACUAUUUUCAGAUGUAUUUUCUAAUUCUGUAAUCAAAUAA